AUGGUUUUCAUCCCCGUGGAAGAAAUCUUCAAAUAUUUCCCCAGCUUUUCGAAGGACCGAGUGAAAUUCUUGCGGCGUUACAGCUUCCUAAGUCUUAUGCUAGGUGCAGGGGCCGUCUUGAAGUCGCACAAACCGGACUUCUCCGUGCGGAACUACACGCCAUCGUAUUUUUAUAAAUCCCAUUUGGGGAAGUUAAAGGAUAAGGGGGUGAUCGACGAGGAGAAGUACAGCAAGCUGUUGAAUGCGCAGUGA